AGAGAGAGAGAGAGAGAGAGGCUGAGAGGGACUACUAGAAGAACCCCGGUCUGCAUCGCCGCUCCUCAGGAACAGUUGGAAUUCCACGACUGAGUGAAAUCUACGGAAUCACCGCGUAUUGAUAAAAACCACAUCGGAUUAGAUUGGAGUGUCGGAGAGACGGAGACUUGAGCAAAGUUCCGAACAUUGAGGGACGCCGUCUGAUUCUUGUGUAGAUCAGAUCCACCCACAGUAGGGGCAAAUAUGAUCUGGGAAAGUCGAGAAAAGUUGUAGAUUAAUUGGAACUUCGUAUUAGUUCCAAAGUUACAACAAGCCCUGAUGGAAGCAGACAACGGAGGGAACAAUUCUAGUCAUGCUUCAAAACAACGUUUGCGUUGGACCCAUGAGCUACAUGAACGCUUCGUUGAUUCCGUUGCUCAACUUGGUGGCCCUGAUCGAGCUACACCUAAAGGCGUUCUUAGAGUGAUGGGUGUUCAAGGGUUAACUAUAUAUCAUGUCAAGAGUCACUUACAGAAAUAUCGACUUGCAAAGUAUCUGCCAGAUUCGUCUUUAGAAGGGAAGAAAACUGAUAAGAAAGAAUCUGGAGAUGUGCUCUCUGGGUUGGACGGUUCGUCGGGAAUGCAGAUAACUGAAGCCCUCAAGUUGCAGAUGGAGGUUCAGAAACGAUUGCACGAGCAACUAGAAGUGCAAAGGCAGCUGCAACUACGGAUAGAAGCCCAAGGGAAGUACUUGAAGAAGAUAAUUGAAGAGCAACAGCGACUCAGUGGAGCUCUCGGCGAGCCCUCUGGCCCAGUUACUGGCGAAUCAGAUCCUGCAACACCUGCUCCAACAUCCGAGUCUCCUCUACAAGAUAAAUCUGGCAAGGAUUGUGGACCUGACAAAAGCCUUUCAGUUGACGAGUCUCUUUCAUCUUACCGGGAGCCAUUGACACCAGAGUCAGGGUGUAACGCUGGUUCUCAAGACGAGAGCGCAGGUGAAGAGAGAUCAUCAAAGAAGCCUAGAUUGGUGAGAGGAGGUGCAGCUGGUUAUACACCUGAGAUGGUAGUAGCUCACCCAAUACUAGAAUCAGGCUUGAACGCUUCUUACCAUCAGCCAGACCAUGCUCUUGCCUUUGACCAUCCAUCUACAUCACUGCUCGGGACUCAAGACAAGGUUUCAGGAGACGAUCUAUGAGUUGUGUAUCAGGUGGCAUCUGUAGCUGAGUGUAUCUGUCGCAUGUAGUUUUGUUUGUCUAUCCUUAUUCCUAUUAGUUAGGAGUUUCCUCUUUAGUGAGGUGAUCACAACUCUCUAAUCAUAGACACUGCCACUAUAGCAUGAACAAUGAAUAUAUGUCGUGUUGUGCUGUAAUUUGAUAAAAAUACAAAACAAAUGUACUUUCUUA